GAACACGCAGAAGCGCGCGCGCACAGGCCAGAAGCAAGGCGAGACAAAGAUGGCGGCAGCGGUGGGGGAAGCGGCGUGAUGUGCGGGAGAAGGAGAGCAUUAACACCGAAUUAUCAACGCUGUCAGUCUAGCCCUAGAGAAAAUGGAAACUAUGUCACAUUAGGACGUCUGUUUGUAUGAAAAAAUAGAAUACACAUCACAGCAUCUCCCCGACCAAGGGAACGUUUAUUUUCUUUUUGACUGGAAAAAGGAAAACUAACCGGGAGCAGCAUGGCUUCAGACAGUAACCAGUACAUCUUUGGGGAGUUCAGCCCGGACGAGUUCAACCAGUUCUUCGUUACGCCCCGCUGUUCUGUAGAGCUCCCCCCAUUCAACGACAAGGGUUCCUAUGUCAGUCAGUCCUCAGGAAGUUACUGUGCCCCCGCCGUGCCGUACUAUACCGAAACAGUGAGGCGGCAGGUCUGCGGUGAAGAGUACCAGCACAUCGAGUUCGGGGUGGACGAGGUCAUCGGGGCGGAGCCCCUGCGGGUGAAGGAGUCCCUGCAGCGGGUGUCCAGCACGCUCAACCCCCAGGCCCCCGAAUUCAUCCUGGGCUGCCAGCCCGCCCCCAAGGCCCUGCCGGACCUGCAGCCGGGGGAGGAGCCCGACGGCUGCGCUGACUCAGAGCUCCCCCUGCUGGACGGCGCCGGGGGCGCCUGCCCGGACCUGGAGGGCGCGGCGGGCGGCCUGGGCCAGCGGGAGCGCAAAAAGAAGAAAAAACGGCCGCCGGGGUACUACAACUACCUGGAGGGGUCCGGCGGCGACGCCGGGGGCGACGACGACGGCCCCGCCCCCCACGGCGACGCCCCCCUCGGGGCGGGGCUGGUCAACGGACACGUGCCGAGCGUCCCGGGUCUCGGGUCAGAGUCGGACGUUGCCGGGGAGACGGAAGCCGAGGCCGAGGCCGCCUCGCCUUCCAGGCGCAGCCCUGCCGCUGAGGCCCCGCCCCCCCUCACAGCGACCGCGGUCGCCGUCGCCGCCGGCGACCAGAGGACUUGUGAGAGCCCCGAGGAGUCGUCCCUGGACUUCACGAGCGGGGCGGCCUCUUCAUCGGACAGUAACAACGCGCCCUCCUCCUCUUCCUCCUCCUCCUCUUCAUCGUCGUCCUCCUCUUCCUCGUCCUCCCACAGCAGCGGGGUUGGGGAGGGGGGCAGGACAGCUGAGCAGCCGCAGGACGCCCCGGGCCUGGAGAGCCCCGAACUGCUGGGCAGCGGGAGUCACAGCCCGAGCCCCACCUCCCCGCCUCCUCCGCCCUCCACUGCUGCUGCUGCUCCGCCCACUGCCCCAGGCCACCCCCCCAGCCCCAGCCCCACCCCCUCCCAAACCACUGCUACUACUGACCAGGAGGAGGCUGGGGACGGGGUGGUGCCCAACGGGCCCACUGAGCCUCUCCCUCGCGAGGACUCCCCGGAGCCCGAGGAGGCCCCGUCCCAGCCCCCGCCGGACCUCCAGGCCCCCCAGCCAGCGGCCGAGCAGGCCCUGUCGCCCCCGUCGCCCCUGCCCCCCGCGGGCACCCCGGCUCCCAGCGCGCCCAAGUCCUGGGCCAGCCUCUUCCACAACUCCAAGCCCCUGCCCGGCGGGCCGCAGGCCUACGUGGAGGUAAAAAACGUGCCGCCCCCCGAGGUGCCGGCUGUGCCCGCGGCUGAGACCCCCGAGGUGGCGGGCGACGCCAGGGAAGGACCCGUUCACGUGUCUGAGGACGCCAUGGCCCCCAAGCUCGCAGAACUGAUUGAGACUGUGAAGCUGAUCCACAAACCGGUGUCUCUGCAGCCCAGAGGGCUGAUCAACAAGGGAAACUGGUGCUAUAUCAACGCAACCCUGCAGGCCCUGGUCGCCUGCCCCCCCAUGUUCCACCUGAUGAAGUCCAUACCCGUGCUGGGCGAGUCGCAGAGACCGUGCUCUUCUACGCCCAUGAUCGAUAACUUUGUCAGACUUGUGAACGAGUUCAGCAACAUGCCCGUGCCCUCAAAGGCCAAACAGCAAGCCGCUGGCGAUAAAGUGAUGAAAGACGUGCGGCCGGGAGUCCCCUUCGAGCCCAGCUACAUCUACAGACUCCUGACGCUCAUCAAGUCCGGCCUCUCAGAGAAGGGUCGACAGGAGGACGCCGAGGAGUACCUGGGCUUCAUCCUCAACGGCCUGCACGAGGAAAUGCUCUCUCUGAAGAAGCUCAUCUCCCCACAGGAGGAGAAAGCGCCCGCCGCGCUCAACGGCCCAGAACCCCGGCCCGGGGCGCCCGAGGGCCCGGCGGAGAACGAGGAGGACGGCAGCGAGGACGAGUGGGAGCGGGUCGGCCCCCGGAACAAGUCCUCCGUCACCCGACAGGCCGACUUCGUCCGCACCCCCAUCACCGACAUAUUCGGAGGGCACAUCAGGUCGGUGGUGUACCAGCACAGCUCCAAGGAGUCGGCUACCCUGCAGCCCUUCUUCACCCUGCAGCUGGACAUCCAGUCGGAGAAGGUGCGCUCCCUGCAGGAGGCCCUGGAGGCCCUGGUGGCCCGGGAGUCCGUCCAGGGCUACACCACCAAGACCAAGCAGGAGAUUGAGAUCAGCCGGAGAGUGACUCUGGAGGAGCUUCCGCCCGUCCUGGUGCUCCACCUCAAGCGCUUCGUGUUCGAGAAGACCGGAGGGUGCCAGAAGCUGAUCAAGAACAUCGAUUACCCCGUAGACCUGGAGAUCAGCAAAGAUCUCCUGUCCCCAGGGGUGAAGAGUAAAAUCUUCAAAGGCCAAAGAUCCUACCGGCUCUUUGCAGUUGUGUAUCACCACGGGAACAGCGCCACCGGCGGCCACUACACCACGGACGUGUUCCACAUCGGGCUGAACGGCUGGCUGCGCAUCGACGACCAGGCGGUGAAGGUGGUGGCGCAGCACCAGGUGGUGAAGCAGACGCCCGAGCGCUCGGCCUACCUGCUGUACUACCGCCGCAUCGACCUGCUGUAGAGCCCGCCCGCCCGCCCGCCCGCCACGCCGCCCCACUUCUUCUCUCGCAAGGUUCUCCUCUUCCUGCCCUGAUCUGCCCCCGCCCCACCACCCCUUUCCCACCCUCAACCUCAACCAACCCCAC